UUAUAAUUUGGGAAGCCAUUUUGUUCUCUGCGUUUUGUUCCCGCCUAUGUUUACUUAAUAAAGGGAAUAAAUAUCUUCAAAAGGACGCUACUUCGUUACAAAUGUUGUAAAGAACACUAAUUCACAGUAUUUAAAACCCAAUAUCAAUCAUUUGCAGUGUGUGCUUAAGACUAUUUAAUAAUGUUUUGGAAGUUUAAUCUGCUAACAUCUUCACAUAUAGAUACUCUGUUGGAUAAAGAGGAUGUCACACUCCGUGAGCUUAUGGAUGAAGAUGAUAUUCUGCAAGAAUGUAAAGCUCAAAAUCGAAAAUUGGUUGAUUUUUUGAUUCAGCCAGAAAACAUGGAGGAAAUGGUCAAACUUAUAACUGUAGAGCCUCCUAUGGAUGUUGAUGAGAAAAUUAGAUUCAAAUAUCCUAACACUGCCUGCGAGCUCCUGACUUCUGAUGUCACACAGAUCAACGAGAAACUUGCAGGUGAUGAAGAACUGGUUGAUAAGCUUUAUACCUUCCUUGAAGGAGAGAAACCAUUGAAUCCACUGUUAGCUUCAUUCUUCAGCAAAGUUAUGGGGCUGUUAAUUACCCGGAAAAGUGAUAUGAUCUUUGAAUACCUAAAAGCCAAACCAGACUUUGUAGGAAGUCUCCUGCUUCACAUUGGAACAUCAGCUGUCAUGGAUUUGUUGCUUCGUCUAAUUACCUGCAUAGAAUCAACAGACACACGCAGAGCUGUAAUAGAGUGGCUAAAUGAUCAGAAGAUUGUUGAAAAACUGGUUGAUUCCAUUGUUGUUGCCAAAGAUGAAGAUAUCCAUUGUAAUGCUGCACAGUCAUUGUGUGAUAUUGUUCGCUUGGGCAGAGAACAAUUUAUACAGCAGCAUGAUUCUUCUGAUCCUGAUCCCCUCCUAGUCACAAUGGAAAAGGAAAUCACAGUCUCCAAACUUCUCUCCAACAUGUUUGACUCAGAUAAGAAUGAAUCUGUUCUUGUAAAUGGUCUCUGUGUUAUUCACACAUUGUUGGAAGUUAGAAGGCAAAGUUCUGACAUAAAUGAUCAGCUUCCUAAUGGUGAAACUGACAGGUAUACACAAGGCAUUAACAAUGUUAUAGCAGCCAUCAUUCCAAGGUUAAAGGAUUUUCAUGAUUUGCUGGUUAAUCCACCCAAGCAACGGUAUAGCACCAUGCCAACAUCUGUCGGCACUUUGGAUCCGCCCUUAGGAAACACCAGGCUUCAGGUGGCUAAGCUAGUCACAGCUUUGGUUGGUGCUAACAUGCAUGAAGUGAAUGUAGAGUUGGCAAGUCUUGGAACUAUUCAAACUCUUCUUAAUUUGUAUUUUAAAUAUGAGUGGAAUAAUUUUCUUCACACACAAUUAGAGCAGUGCCUGCUUAUCAUACUUAAUAAUGGACCCAUUGAAAUAGAUGGCAAACAUGAGCACCCACUACUGAUACAGUUAUUUAUUGAGUACAAUUUAAUACAAAGGCUUCUGAGUGAAUGGGAGGACAACGAUCAGCAGCAAAAUGCACCUUCUGGAAAAAGGCGCGGUUUUAUGGGUCAUCUAACCAAAAUGGCUAAUUCCAUCGCUGCACUAGUAGAAAAAUCUGAGAAUAGUCUGGUAAAGGAUCAAUUUAAUGGGCUUUCAGAGGAUAUUCGAACAAAAUGGGAAGCUUUUGUUGCUGGUUCUUUAGCAGAAGUAAACAAGAGGAACACAAUAGAGUUGAUGCGUGGUCAUCCACUUGCAUCAAGCAGUGAGGAUGAUGAUGCUGACUUCAAGGAUAACCCUUUCCCUGGAGACACUGCCAUGCAACAGGCCUUCUCGGAUUAUCAGUUACAGCAGAUGACCAGUAAUUUUAUUGACCAGUUUGGCUUCAAUGAUGAAGAGUUUGCUGAACAGGAUGAUAAAAUUGAGUCAUCUUUCACAGAUAGGAUAUCAAGUAUUGAUUCUGAUGUGGUCGAGACAAAUCAAACGGGUACUGCCCUCUUUGAACAGGUAUGUAAUGAGAGGAUCCAGCAGUUUGAAAAUGAUGAUAGUGAUGAAGACAUCUGGGAAGAGAAACCUAUAACAUUAGCUCAUCAAGGAAGAUCAGAACGUUUACCGGCUGCUACUGCAAGGUGCAACAGUAGCGAUGAAGACAGCACAGAUAGUGGUGAAGAAUUAGACUCACCUGUAAAAAUUGUACAACAAACAACAGAAGGCAUGGAUGUGGAUAAUGCAGAAAAUGUUUGGUCAGCAGAUUCCAGUUCUCAUACAGAGCACACUGCAAUGGACACUACAUCUCCCUGGGAGAAAUCUACUGCUCCGGCCAUGCCUUCAGCUCAGGAAGCCUGGGCAGACUUUACCAGUGUUCCAACGCAGUCCGGUGAAGACGAAAACUGGGCAGAUUUUGCAGCAUUUAGUGAUAUCCAGUCAACCACUCAUGGUCCUAGAAGCAGUUCUCCGGUAGCGAUGGACACCACAGAAAACACAAGGAGUAGUUUAUAUGUUGUGUCAUCAAAUUCGACCAACCUUGGCAAAGGUGAUAUGCCAGCUGUUCCUUUGAGUUUACAAGGUGUUUCAUCUUCUGAGUCUACUGAUAUACGCCUCACAGAUUUGGAAGAUGACAAUUGCAUCCCUCAACCUGACUCGACAUCACAGAACCAGGAGCUUGAGCCAAAAACCUCCAAUUGUAUAGACAACAACAAUCAACCUCCACCCCCAGAUUCAUCCCCUCCUCCUCUUCCUUCCACCCUUUCUCCAGCCGAUUCACAAGUUACUAGUACUUCCUCCGAAACAGCUCAGCUGUUAACCAGCGAUGGGAUAGAAAAUGCUUCCUCAGAUUCAACAUCAGCCCAUGUGUCCUCUUCAUUACCCACCAAAGAGGGCAGCUCUGUUGAUCUUGUCACAAGCUACCCCUCUGCAGUCGUUGAUGCCCCUUCAUCUUCCAGCUCUACAGAUGUUCAGGUGACUUCAUCACCACCAGACAAUCAAAGGCAAAAUGUAGAGAAAGAAGGUUGUGAUGGAAAUGACUUAGGGGACAAUUUCAACUUCCUUGCAGCAUCAGGACUGCUGAAGAAAGCUAGUCCUUUACCAGCAGCCUGCCCUUCUAGUAGACUUCCAUCAGAACUACAGGGCAACGGACCAGUUGCAGCACCAUCCUCUCCCCCUGCUGCAGCCGUACCACCACCAAUACUUAACAGCACCACUUUGCUAGCCAGUGGUGAAGACACUGCGAGUCAAGAGCCUGACACUACAGACUGCACAUUAACACAAGCUCAAAAAAUUGAACAAGCAAGAGCUCAGGCUAAAGAAGCUCAGGAAAUGUAUGAUGCUGCAACUGUUGUACACAAUGGACCUGUUUGACGAUCAUUACUAAACCAUUAAUUUGUCCCAUCUUCCACCCUUGUUGUCUUGAAUGCCCUGUAAAUAAUUUGUAAUUAUAAUUCAGCCUACACCUCUUAUAGAGAGGUUCUACUGAUUCCAUGGCUUCAAGUUCAUUGGCAGUUUAACACUUUGUAAUAUACACAGGUUUUUUAUGUUAAUAUACUUGAUGGCCUUUAGAAAAUAAAAUGUUUCACCAAAACAUUUCCUAAUAUGGAAACAGUAUUCCUCUUUUUGUUUUAAACAUUUUAUAGUGGGAUAUAACUAGUUUCCCAUUGUUAUGAGAGAUAGGAUUUUGUUGUAAAGCAAACGUAGGCACUCAUGUUUCUUGACCAAAUAAUGUUGAAUUGAAUUUUAUUCAUUGUGCAUUGUUGCGGAAAUGAUCAGUGUUGUCCUUGUGAUCCUAAUUUAUGCAUUAAGAUGCAAAGUAAUUAAGAAAAACAUUUCUUGACAUUUAAUGCUCUACUGGUGAUCUCAUCACUUAUCUUUCAUUAACUAGUUUGUCAGUAAACUUCCGAAAUUCUAGUUGUUUUUUUUUGUUUUUUUUCUACUGAACUUAAAAAUAAAUUAAGAAAAAAAUACCCAUGCAAUUUUUUUUUCUGGCUAGAAGAAUGUUUCAACUGGAUCUCAGUAGUGGCAUAUUAGUGGGUUAUGCAACUUUCUACCCAAGUCUUUGUCUCAUUAGCUUUGAAAUGUAUACAUGUUAUCUUUACAAGACAGUUUUUUUAUGUUAAUAAAUUGUGUGAAAGUAGUACCACAUCCCAUAUGCUUUAAUUUUUUACCUCAAUGAUUCACGCUAAAACAAAUUAGUCACUUAAAUUUUUUUUUUAAUUUGUAAACCAAAUUAGCACUCUGUAUGACGAGUGUAUUACAAAACCUGUCAGACAAAUUUUAUGAAUAUAUUAAAUUAUGCCAGGCAUUCAGUGCUAUAUUGCUUACAUAUUCUCAUUAUUUCUUCUACUAUUUAAGUUAAGGCUGAUUGUACCUUAUACUCAAACAUCACUAAUUAGGUGAUGGUCAAAGGCUAACAUAAAAUAAUGCAAAAUGAAGCAUAAGAAAAAUGUUGAGAAACACUGUCAAAUGCCAAUUAUUAAAGUGUUCUACAACCACAUAUAACCAAAAUUUCAGAGACCGUGGUCUAUUACUAUCAAUUUUUGGAGGAGAUAGACUUAACACUAAAUUAUAAGAAUCACCUUCUGAAUAUUUAAUGAAACCCACAUCAUGUAUAUAUAGGUGUAACAAAAUUAUCCUAUUUAUAAUUAUCAAUAGACAUUUUCUUGUAGCUAGCUUUUAUUUAAAAUUUCUUUAAAAAGACCGUUUCAUUUUAAGUUCAGUGUGCAAUUUUGUUUUUAUAUCUCGGAGAAAAAAAUGUUUUAUUGGUAUGUGUAGCGGUGAGUGCUGUAAAUCUGCAUGUUGUAUGAUCAUGUCUUAUGUACUUACACUUUCAUUGUUGCCAGGUUUUUUAAAAACAAAAACCAAAAUCAUGUCAUUACACUGCUGUGAAUAUUGUUGCGUUCAACACUUUACACUGCAAAUAAAAAAAAAAGCUCUGUGCUGUUUUUAAUUAUGUAGAUAUUUAUGACUGUAGGUCAGUGUGGCUCCUAUGGCUGUAGGUCAGAAUGGCUCAUGUGGCUGUAGGUCAGUGUGGCUCCUAUGGCUGUAGGUCAGUGUGGCUCCUAUGGCUGUUGGUCAGUGUGGCUCUAUCAGACCAGUGUGAACACAUUAAGUGUGGGUCACUGGUUAUAUCAUUGUUUGGCUGCUGGGGCUAAUUUUAUUCAUGUAUAUCCAAAACAAGACAUUCUAAGUAAUUAAUUAAUUCCUGGUGAACAUUUUAUGAUUAAUUUUUUUUCACUAGAUUUUUUGAGAUGUGUAACUUAAAUGUUUUAAAUGUGUUGCUAAUAGCUAUAUUUGAGUAGAAAUCCAGAUCAGCUCUAUAAUUUCAUAGUUUUUGUUUUGGUAUUUAAAGUCAUUGCUUCCUGAACUACUUGUAGUUAUUGAAUACUGUGGUCAAACUUAAGCUUUAGUGUUUUAUAGGGUAACAGAACCAGAGUAAUGUUUGUGAAUUUUUAAAACUUUUUCAAAAGAGUGUUGGUUUUUUUUUUUUUUUAUACUGAAAAACAGUCCUUAGCACUGUUGAUAGUCAUAAAAAAAUGUACAUUCUAUUUUAUUUUAGUUGCUAAACUUGAAAUUGUUUUGCAUUCUAGGAAUGCCAUAGGUACCAUGACAAAGAAAUCAAUGAACACUGGUGGAUAGUGAGCGUGGGUUUCUUGUCAUUUUCUUGUACAUCAUCCAAUGAAUUAUUGUGCCUUCCAGUUUGUAUGUUAGUUGUUAGGCAAAUUUUAAAAAUUCUGAUAUAGGGUGUCUUUAUCACAUUAAAACCAAUUGGUUUUACAUAAUUAAAAAAAAAUUACUCUGAUAAAACGUGUCACUGGAACUCUUAGCACCAAGUUUAAUGUUGUGCAACUGUAGUUAUGCAUUGCUCACAAUUUUUAAACACAAAAAAAGUACUUGUUAAUUUUUAUAUGAAGAUAUAUUUUUAUUCUAUAUUGUAUAUGUUUUCAACCAGAGACUUGUGUGCUCUUGUAUAAUGCAUUCAACAUACAGGCAGGGAUCUCAUUACAGAUACCUGCUUACAUUUUAAUGAUCAUUAGGGCGUGUGGGAGAGAUGAUGUAAGUGUGGAUGUGUGCAAUUUGUUUCAUGUGUAUAUUUUGACGUAGUUGAAUUAUGUAAAUAAGUACGAAAAAUGUUAAUAAACUGAAGACUAAUAAUUUAACAACCA